ACAAAGACAACGACAACUUUGUUGUUUGAAGGCAACUAAUAAUGUAAAGCUGACAGAUCUAGAUCUUACUUUUAUUCGAUUCUUUCUUGUUAAUUUUUGUUUUGAAGUAUUUUGGGAUUGCCAUUUAAGGUAUGUCAAAAAGACCUUUUCAGAUUUCCUAGAUGAAAGUGUACACAAAGUUUAUCACUUAUCGGUGAACAAGAUAUGCUGCUGCAAAUUUAAUACAGACAAGGAUACUCCUGAAAAACGAAUUAGCGAAUCGCAGUUUGAAAUCAUUUUUAAAAAGGAGGGUACACCUUGUCAAGCAUAUUGCUCUUGUUUGUAUAAGAUAAACAGUGAUAUAACCUUACCUUCACUGAUAAAUCGGGAUAAGGAUUUGACUACUGAAUUAACAAGGUACUUCUGUUCGUGUCAUAAAUAUCUUGAAGAUAUUAUUGAAAUUCGGAACGAGAUUGUCCAUGUGUUGUCUGAUUGUAGCAUCAACGAUGCUACAUUUUAGCAAUUUUGGAAUACAAUAAAAAAAAAGCAUACUUGGUAGUGCAAAAGCUUUAAACAAGCAUGACGUUUAUGAUGAAAAUUUGCAAGAAUUACAGAAGGAGUACAACAAUUCGUGUUUUCAGAAGCAAGUGGUCGACUGGAUAAAAAAAUCCGAACAAGUAAAUGCAGAAAUAUUGGCCAAAAUAACUGAUUUAACUGAGGGAAAGGUUAUGGCAAUUCUGGAAGAUAUUAAUCCGAGAACAUCUAACAGUGGUUGUGUUGUGAGCGUUGAAGUCAGUUUAAAAGAUAUAGCCAUAGCUGUACGUAAGAGAAAUACAUCAGAGUGCUCCGCUGAGUAUCCUGGGGAAAUGGAAGUAAAGUUCAGUGUGAAUAUCCCAAAUAUGUGUACAAAGAAGCAAAGUGAAGACAGCCAAGAGAGUGAAGACGACCUUUCGGAUAUAGACGAUCCAAACGAUACUUUUAUAUGUGGAAUAUGUAAAAAGGACUUUAUUCAACUGGAUGAGUUUUUUAGACAUAAAAAGAAAUGAAAUAUGAAAAAAGAGAAGCGGACGAUACAAAAAAUCACUCAUCAAUGGUAACUAAAAGUUAAGUUUUCAUUAUUAUUUUUGUUGGUAACAAAAGAUGUGUAUGUGAUCCUCAUAAACUUGGAAUAAUGUUAAAUAAAGACCAUUUAUGUUUUUGUAGAAAGAAAAAAGGACAGUAGAACGUAAUCCAAGAAGAAGUAAGAAAAUAAGAAAUAUAUGAUGACUAUACCUAUAAAAAGAAAUAUGUAGACAUAAUUCCUUUCAAAAUAGUAUUGUCUUGAAAUGAUUUGUUUUUUAAGAAAUAUCAAAACUACUAAAACACUAAAUCCCUGGGAUGUGUUUUAAUUGGCUUUAGUCCCUGAUACAUGAUUUUUAUUAUUAAUUGUUUUUGGCUUUUAACUAGCUUUCAGAAACUGCGAGUACUUUCAAAUCGUACUUUCGUGAUAAUUUUACCUGUUACACAAUUUGUAAUGCAUUUUUGUUAUUCAAUGUAUACUUAUUUUGAGUUAUAUCUUGUCUCACUAUUUUUAAUACGUACUACCGUUGAUAAGUAUUUAGUAUGACAAUACAUUUUCACUUUUAUCCUCGUACCGUUAACAACAAAUUUGUUUAUUUUGUAAUAUAUAAAAAAAAAUUUCCGUACUCCUUACAACAAAAUUAUUAUAUUCAAAUUUUCUUGUGAACGUUAUUUUAUCGAACGCUAUUUUGUCCCAGUUAGAGUUGAUGUGGUUCAUACGUGUUUCUCGUUUCUUGUUUUUUAUAUAGAUAAGACCGUUGGUUUUCCUGUUUAAAUUGAGUUACACUAGUCAUUUUGGGGCCCUUUAUAGCUUGCUGUUCGCUGUGAGCCAAGGCCUUACUUUGACCUAUAGUUCUUUACUUUUUACACAUUGUAACUUGGAUCAAGAGUUGUUUCACUGGCACUCAUACCACAUCUUCUAAUUUCUGUUAACAAAAAUAACGGACGUAAAGCUAAAAUCAAAAAGUGGAAAGUCCAUAAAAGCUGACAAAAUCAAACGUUAGAUUACAUCAAUCAAGGUAACGAAUGAAAAGCAACUAAUAUCAUGCCUAAUUAUAAUAAUGAUCGACCUGAAUAGUAACAUAUACUAAUAAGAAAUCCUCUUCAAGAAUCAAAUUAUGAUGUAUUCCUAUUGUAAUUGUAUAAUCAUACCAUAAAAUUGAAAAUUGAAACGGGGAAUGAGUCAAGGAGACAACAUCCAAAUGAAAGAGCAGAAAACAGCCCAAGGCCACCAAUUGGUCUUCAGCACAGCGAGAAAUUCCGCACCCGGAGGCGGGAUUCAUGUACAUGUAUAUUUGUAGAACCUCAAUUGAAUCAUAUUAUAUAGCUUGGCUGAUACUUUGAAUAAAACAAUAACUACAAAUAAGUUAAUUUACAUCUUAAUCAACAUGAAAAUAUAUUCUCGUCUGUUGAGUCACCUGGUGUCCCUCGUCUGUUAGUGUCAAUAUGAUUUGAAACUGUCCACUUCCAUUUACUUCUACAAUCCAAAUACCUGUGAAAACCGAACAAAGAACAAAGUCUUAAGGGUGAUUUGAUUCGACAGGUUUAUCUGUACAUUGAUAUAUUAUCUCUUCUUGAAAUUGUCCAAUGCAUGCUCUUUUACAGAAAUAUUCUACCAAAUGAAGAUAACAGGAGCUGGUAAACGGUGGACAACAACUUCAAUGAAUAUGUUUCAGAGUAAAUCAGACUAUUUCAAUACUGACAAAACUGAAGUUUGUCAUCUUGAAUCAAGUUGUUUAAUUGUAUGGGCUGAAUCUUCUCAAUCUGACUUCGAAUCUGCAGAAAAACUGAAGGAGCAUUGUAUUCACUUUACACAGAAUAUGUUUAAAAAAUGCUCAUUAGAAUCUGAGGAAACGUCCGAUAUCAAUGUGACUGUCAAGUUUUCUGAAUUAUUUAAAGAAUCUGCAAAUGAUGACGCAGACCACCUUGAAUGUGGCAAAUGUGGACAAGUAUGUCUCAGCAUCAAUUUGUUCAUAGCACACAAAAAGGAAUGUGUAACAAAUCGUAAGAGACGAAGAGGAAACGAACAAGAUGAGUCGAAGGGAGAUAUAAAAUCUGCUCCAAAGAGUAAACAAAGAAAGACUGUUAGAAUAUCAAAAGAAGAAGAGAACUUUUUACGAAUAUCAGUGUUGAUAAUGAGGGUCGCUACAGCUGCAGUAAGAAUUGCCUUUAAUAAAGAAUUCCAUGGGGAUGCAUUGCAAAGAACAUUAUUUGAGGAUCCUAAAGUCUUAGUUUCCUUAAAACGAGAAAGAAUUAUAAGUCAAUUUGAUUUGCAACAAAUAUUUCGAAGAUCUGGGCUAGCAUCGUCAUAUUCCUUUAGUUUGAAGUUUAUGAUUUGGUUGAUACAAUAUCGAACCCCAAGCGAUGUUUCUCGUGGGUUGCAAGAUGAUCCAAAACAUAUCAGUAUCCACGCAGGUUUAUCAAGAAUUUUAAAAUAUAAAAACAAGAUAGCUCGCAUGAUAGAUCCUAAAUUACAAGAGGACAAAUUAGAGGAAUAUUGGACUGAUAUUUCCAAGGCUAUUGUGCGACUUGGAGGAGAAGGAUUUUUGCAGAAAUGUAAUGACCUGAAAGUCAGCAUAUUAAAUGAAAAUUACAUUGAUAUGUUGACAGAGAUAAUAGAAAUUGCUAAAUCAAAUGAUUCAAAUCAACAAGGCUUUAAAAGGUUUCUAGACAAUUUGUUCUACAUCAUGCCGAAGACAGUUUCACCAAGAACUACACCUGAAUCAAACUAUAUAGGGAUUGCUGACCUGCUACUGAAAAAUGGUCCUCCUGCUGUGAGAAUUAUAUUCGACAGGGAAUUCCAUCCUGAUGUAUUGCAAAAAGAGCUUAGAAAAAGAACUGCACGAUUGGCGCAUUUGAAAGGUAGAGGAUUGAUAAAUCCAGCUCAGUGGAACAAACUAUUUACAAGAAAAGAUAAAAAUAAAUCAAAAACCUUUGAUCUAUCUCUGAUGAUUUGCUUGAUUCGAAACUUCACAACUAUAGACGUUACAUACCAAUUGCCACGACCAGAAGAUAAAUGUGAAGGAGCAGACCUAUCACGGCUUGAAUACUACAGAAAACAAAUCGCCUACAGUCAAGAAUGUGACUUGUCAGUCACAGUUUUUGAGAAGUACUUGACUGAUAUAACUAACGCUAUAAUCAGAAUUGGCGGUACUAUGUUUUUGCAAAGAUGUGAAGACUUGAAAAUGGGUAAACUGGAUCAAAAGGACAAAGCAAUAUUACCUGAACCAAACUCUAGCAACAUUCCAAACUAGCAUGCUCCUGACAAUUUGUUUACAGUAAUAAGCUAUGAUAAAUAUCAUGUCUUAAUUAAUUUCUUAUUUCAAUUAUGUUAGUCAUUUGUUCGAGAUUAAAGGAUUGUGUAUCGAUACAUAUUUUUGAUAACAAUACCCAAGAAUUUACCUCCCUUAACUUCUCCGUUGAUAAAUUGAUUAUUACGACUUUUGGGUUGAAACUCCAACAAACAAAUAUGAGCAUAGAUUAGAUAUACUUUAGGUCCCAUUGGUUAAAAAAACUCCUCGUGUAUUCUCGUACGUUUAAAUUCCUUUUUUUUUUAAAUCUGUGGGUUUUGGCGAUCAAUAGGAAUUUAAAUUCGUUUUCGAUAAAGAACUAUUUUAAUAAGCACUCAUUAAUAGAAAUCUUAGUAUUUAGAAGGUGGGUCGAGUGGAAUAGAACGCUCAAUUCUCCUGGUAUGGAGUAAUUGAGUGGCCAUGAAAAAGUACGAUGAUGAAAUACAAAUUUCCCCAUAAGAAACAUUUACCUCAUAUCCAUUGUUUGUAAUGGUCAUAUAAUUUAUCCAUCCGUCAACUUCCAUUUUUCACUACAGAUUCAUUCAUGCUAGAUUUGUAAUAUAAGAGGAAAUAGCUCAUUUUAUACAAAAAUGUAUGUUAUAUGUAACGUUGACUGUUUUUAAAGAAAGAUGUAGCAAAAAUGAUUAAUAAAUAUGACUAGUUAUCUGUGUUUGCAUUACUGCAAGAACAUUUUUUAGCUUAAAGAAUGGCGUAUGAAUAAAAGCCCUUUCAUUGAUAA